AGCUUCUGCUGGCCCGAAUGCUAAGAUCAGAGCGGGUACUCUUCCAACUUGCCAACAGAUGCUGACGCGCCAUCACGGAGUGGCACGCCUUGUUUCUUAUUCUCUUUUGUAAUCCCUCUGGAAGUAUUUCCGGCUUUUUGUUCCCAAUCCAUAAGUUUCCCUUCGUACACGUUUUUCCUCAGCCUGCAGCUCGACACCUUUUUCAACUCUCUUUGCGUAAAACGUCUCGCCAUAACCACACCAAGAGCAGCAUGUCGGAAAUAUUCAUCAACCACAUCACCAGGUGGCUUUUCAGCUCCCCGCCGGCCGAGUGGGCGAUCAACCAAUUUCGCGAACUCCUCAUUGGCGCCCUCAAGCAGGGCCCAGUCCCUCAACAUGUCGCAUUCGAGAUGGACGGCAACAGGCGCUAUGCUCGCGGCAAGAAGAUGGAGACGAUAGAGGGCCACCACCACGGAUUCGAGGCUCUGGCAAGGGUUCUCGAGAUCUGCUACAAAUGCGGCGUCAAGGUCGUGACUGUGUACGCUUUCAGUAUAGAAAACUUCAACCGCCCGCAAUACGAGGUCGAUGGGCUUAUGCAGCUGGCCAAGGUGAAGCUUGAGCAGUUGACAAAACACGGAGACAUCUUGGAUCGCUACGGUGCGGCGGUUCGCGUCCUCGGUCAGAGAGACCUGAUCCGCAAGGAUGUCCUCGAGGUUGUUGACCGGGCGGUCGAUAUGACCAAGUACAACAAGCGCAACGUACUGAACAUCUGCUUCCCGUACACGGCCAGAGAGGAAAUGACGACGGCCAUGCGAUCCACCGUGCAGGAGUAUAUGAUGCCCCCUGGCCCCAAGUUCACCCCAUUCCCGGCUGCUCGCAUCUCGCAAAAGAUCAUGUCGAAGCAGUUGGACCGUCGGGAACCUCUCCCCACCAUCCGUGACACAUCGCCCGCUCCCUCUUCGCGAUCAGACGGCGAUGAUGGUGCGUCGUCGUCGACUACUCUUCCACCCGACUCACCGUCACCGCCGAGCCAUCGUUCCGGUUCUGCAGGCGGCCACCAUCUGAAAAAUCCCGAGACCAUCACAGCCGAGACGCUGAACAAUCACAUGUACACUGCCGGAAACCCGCCGUUGGACAUCUUCGUUAGGACUAGUGGCGUGGAGAGACUCAGCGACUUCAUGCUAUGGCAGUGUCACCAGGACACUCACAUCUUCUUUCUCAAGUGCCUCUGGCCCGACUUCGAUCUGCAGCACUUCCUCCCGGUGCUCUUGGAGUGGCAGUGGAGGCAGAAAAAGCAGAUUGAGACCGAGGAGCGCCCGAGACAAGCGACCAUCAAGGCGCGGAAGCUCGCUUGAAGCUUUCUAGGUCGGGCGUACGGUCGGGUUUGUUUUCGUGGGCAGGCGUUUGAUUCUUUCGUGGAAAUGUUUGGCAUAAAAGCUGACCUAAGUCUUGUCUGCCCGUGCUGCUGUCGUGGGGUGGAUGAGGCCAGAAUUGAUACCACAAGAGAGUGUGUUUGUACCCCUAUUGAUAUCCAUCCAGUUCGAGCUGAUGUAGAAAUUACCUUGUCAAAAGAGAAUUGCAAGGUAAAGUUGCUUUGAAUUGAUUUUAGUCAACUGCAGAAUUCAUCU